AUGUUCGGCCUCUUUCAGUCUUCUAGAUCAUCCAGCUAUCACAGUUUCUCUACCCAAUCUCAUCAGCCUUUCCUCGCCAUGCAGUCGACCAAAAGGAAAAGGUCAAGAGCGAACAGCUUCAGCGCAUACGUCCGAGCCGCCGACAAUCCUAAACAGACCUCUCCGUCCAUCACGUUUAAUUCCCCCAAUUCUCCAAUGAAUUUGCCUCAGUAUCAAGCGAUGCCUCCAGCCAGUCAAGAUGAAUGUUUGGACUCCCCUCUUGACUCGGUUAACCGAAGUAAAGCGGUGGAAAACAGGCUUGCUUACCUAGCGGAAGCAGCCUUGGCUGAUGCCAGUACCUCCUCGACUCUUGUGUCUUCUCAUCGAAGAAGCUCUGUCACCCUUCCAUCCAUCUCCAGUCUUAUCGCUUCAUCCCCAUCGAUGGCAACAUCUCUUCUUUCUUCAGGGUCUGCACAUAUCCCCAUUUCUUCUGCGGAAAGUCCUGUCUGGAUCUCCGAUCAGCCGGUGUUUGGGGUCAACGAAUGGUCAGUCUCUGGUCCGCAGGUACCAUCAAUUAGCCACCAUGAUCAUCAGGGGAAUCAUCUACAUUACCGAUCACCGAAAAAGGGAAAGGACAGAAUGUUCCCACCUUCAUCUUCAAUCUCCGGCGUUGGUCUACUGGAAUACGACACCCUUUCUUAUACUCGCUCUACCCCUUCUACAUCCAGAUCAGAGGAGAAUAAAUCAGCCGUCAGUGUGAAAUCGACCCUACAUGCACCUAUUCACACUCAGCCUGGUCGUGCAAAAAGAUCAAAAGCACCACAUCCUCUUCAUGGGCUUAAUCUUGAUAGGACUUAUCCUGAACGGAGGGUGGAAGAUUGGCACAAUGACGCUCAGAAUCUUCUCCGACCUCCAAAACCUCAGCAGGUCUAUAUCUCUCCUAUCAUUACGAAAAGCUCUACCAAUCAAUCUAUUUUUGCCACUCCUCCCCAUAUCUUUCCAACAACCAGAAAAAUUCAUCCUCCAGCCAAAUCAUGGCACACAUACACCCUCCCUCAAAUGCCUCGUGAACACCUCAUCCUUCCUCAGCUUCAGCCAAAUCGGGCUUCUUCUCCGACAUCCGCUCAAAGACCUCAACUGUUCUCUUCGCUCGGAGCUUCUUCAAGCUGGAAUCAGAAACAUACUUCAGCUCGACAGAGACCACACGAAGUCGCUGAGCACUCUCAUGUUCCGGAUCCUUCCAAGCAGAAUACUAUCGUUUUCAGUGCUUAUUCUCCUACUUCUCGUCCAAUGAACCAGUCCUGCAAGCUUGAGGUACGGUCACCGGGAGAACACGAUCAAGGUCAUUAUCAGUAUGCCAGUCACCACAAUAAAAGGAAGAAGAAAAACAAUGGGGCCAGCUUACCUAUCCGAUCAAUCGGGUCUAUCGAUGAACGACACAACUCUGCCAAUACCGCGAGCAGCUGGCCUGGAACCUCUUUUGACACGGGAAUCAGCUCUACGAAUUCUGAUCAGGGUGAUCCAGUACCCAACACAACUCCUGCCACAUCCUCUUCGAAAAAAAGUCCUUUCCCAGAUUCGAGUCUACCAAUCACCGGGUCAUUAUCGAUGACCGACAAUCACGAGUAUCCAAGUGAGCCAGAUUCUCCAGUAUCCACAGGAUCUUCAUCGAGUCAUGAAUUGACGAAAGUACCUCUCUCCUCUGUAUCUUCGACUUCUGCUAAUCCCUCAAACAGAACAAAGACGGAGAAGGUUGCUCGACGCAGCGGAACCAGGGAAGGAAGAGGGAAAGAGGAGAGUUCCUCAAGGACCGAAGACACUGGCGAGAAAGGAGUACAACUGGAUUCCUUGAACAGGAACAACCCAAAGCGAAGAGAACAAAAUGCGGUGGCUCAAAAGAGGUUUAGGAAGAAAAAGAAGCAGAUGGCCGUAAAGAUGGCAGCCGAUUUGGACUCGGCGAGGGAGUUGGCUACUUCCUUGAGAAAAGAAGUAGUCGAAAAAGACAAAAAAAUAAAAAAGUUGGAAAAAGAAGCUGUUCAGCUGAAACGAAAGCUUCAAGCUCGGAAUUGUUAA